AUGGGGGUAUACGAAGGGACCAUAAGGCAACCACCACCGCAGAGAUCGAGGGGACCUUCAAUAUUGUCUAAUGCCGAUGGUGCUUUUCCAUCUGUUCAAGUAGUCACACAUAGCUACAGCCACUCAGUACCGAGAAAAAGAGGAUUAGCGGAAUGGAUGUGGACUCUGACCGGUCACAAUCGAGAGCCAGCAGUGAAGAGGGAUAACGUCGGGGAGCUUCAGAUAAUGCUGCCAUCUCAGAUCACUGACCAGUCACAUUCCGGUGACGUCUGCCUGCUAGAAGAGAGUCCUUACAGGAUCCUUAGGGUAAGUGAAAUGUUUAUUGCACUUCGGAUAUUUAUUUACUCUUCAUUGCAUUCAAUAAAAAUAAUACAAAUGGCGGACUUAAUGCCAAGGGCAUUCUCUACCAGUCAACCUGAAGGAAUGAUGGAUUUGCAUGUUAGGCGAUAAAGGUUGAUAUAUUCAGUAAAAAAAAAAUAUUACAAAAUAAAAUACAAAAAAAUAUAUAAAUAAAAAUAUUGAAUAAUUACAUAAAUACUAAUUACACAUACAUACAAUACAUACACAUAAAUAACAUACAGAAUGCGAACGAUACAAUUACAGUCCGGAUAUUCACGGUAUUUAUUUCACUUCGAACUACACAAACUAAUCGAGGAUAACUACUUUUAUAAUCAGUUGAAGUGA